AAAUAUUUAGUUUUAAAAUUUUGAACCAUAAGUAGGACUUACAAUUUAUCACGGUUUCAUUUUUUUGUCCCAGAAAAAAAAUUGUAACAACGGCAUUUUGAUUUAACGGGAUUUUACGAGUUUCGCAACAAAGGCUCACGCGCGAAAGCGUGAAGACACCUCGAGGUGACAAUCUUCACGAAGAAUUUUUUAAGAGAGAGGACGUACAUUUGCAUUUCUUCAGUUUUAGUCAAAACUUUCAGAAAAUAGCAGACCUAUUGUAUGCAAAGCUUCAACCGCUACAAGGGAAAACUGAUCUUCGAGAUCAGCGGACGGUAGUCCCCGAUGAGUAGCCCAAUGCCUUCUGUCCCCCAUUCCUGUAGCCCUAUGUUGACGCGGAGGUGGCCGCGGCGCUCGCGAGUUCUCCCCCCGAUACCGGCGUAAGAAGGAGGUCACCCGGUCACCCAGAUGAGGUUCCUUGCCCGCCGUUUGUUGCCACUUGGUCGCGUCGCAUCGCGCACCGACGGCGGCCGGUGUCGGGGUGCCCCACCGACACGACGGUCCUGACCAAUCCUGUCCCCUGUUUUCGUGCCGACCGCCGAACCGGUCGGCGAUCCCGCACCCGUGAUGCCGGCGCCGUGUCCAGAUUUAAGCUUCUUCUUUGCCGGGCAGGAUCUCCGAAGAUCUCGCUCGCGCGGUCAAGUUAACUUUGCGCCGUCCGUCACACCGCGUGGUCACAUCACCGCGAUCGAUCCCGAAGAUCGUCCGACAACUGUUGCUCGACCGAGGGCUCGCGCGCGAUCGUUCUUCGCCGUGAAGGGAACGGCCUCGUUGAGCGAACAGUAAUUUUGGAAAAACAUACACCAUGGCUGUGAGGGCCACGAUCUUGGUGCUGAUGGUCACGCUGGUGGUCGUCGCGUCCGCUGGAUUGCUCGAGACCCUGCUCUCGUGGAAUAUCCCAGAGGUCGAGGGGAGAUCGACCACGCCGCAGUCCAAGUGCUUGUGCCAGACUUCCGGCUGCCUCUGCUGCGUUGACCUGAACUUGACGACCACGAUCGAUCUAGGUGGACCGGCAUGCGUCAACAUUAAGCAAAAGGAGCAGAAUAUCUCCUUGAACUUGAGUUAUGGCGACAAUCCGAUUCACAACGCGACAAUAAAAAUUGAGAAUGCGGCCAACAAACCGACCUGCAUGAACCUGUUGUCGGAUCUGGCUCAAAUUUGUGCGCGGUUUACAUCAGUGAGGCAAUCUGAUGUCGGUGGCUACGACGGCUGCAUGGUAAUCGAGCCGGCUUUGCUGGGUGCGCCGCAAGCCACAUACCACAUAGGGUGCUUCAACUUUUAUCAAGGUGUUCGACAAGUGGAGGUUUCUGCCAUCACAGAGACGACGGAGCCCUCUGACAACGCAGACGAAGAGUAUGAUACCCUGAAUACUGAUGAAUUGAUCGCCGCUGUAUCCGCCAGCGCCGAGCAGGGCAUCGCGCUGUUCACUCAAUGGCUGGGUCUCAACCUGAACCCAAAGCUAAAUUUCACGAGCAAGGAGAAUGGACAGCAGGAUCAACAUCAACAGCAAACGACAAAUAAUGGACGGGCAGCAGAAUCAUCAGCCGACGUGUCCUCGAGAUCGGCUCGCAACAUGGCCGAUGUCGUCCAGAACGAGAAGAGCGACGAACGGUUUAAGCAGCUGUUGAGCGCCCAGGACAACGUCCUGAAAGGCUCGGCAACGAUCGGACAGUCCCACGGUGCGGAGACUACGUUUGUUUACUCCAAGCCGAGCGAUCUGAUGACCGAGAGAAACGCGACCGAAGAGGCCAAGAGGAAGCUCGAGGAAGAGGCCGUGGUGCCGCAACAUCGGGUCGUAGUACCGAAAGAAUCCAGAAGAGGAGGACGGGCGUAUAACAUUCAUCAGCACGUUAACGAGAUCUGAGUCGCACCGUGUGAUCGGUAACCUCGUGCAGGAGACCGCCGUCGAUUCCUUCCUUUAGAGCUAGAGUGCCGCACGUAGACUACACUCGAACGUAUGCACGUGGAGCUGGGCGAUGGAGAGUUUAUCGUUUCGUUCAAUCGUCUCGCCCAUUAAAGGGUACACUGCGGUAAUUUAGCCUUCGCGAUCUUCGAUAAUGUCAUCCGGAGUUCUGAUAAUGCUUGUAAAUCAGCAUCAUCGUAAUUUGCAGUAGUCAAGAAUUGUAUCUUUGCACCAUAAUUCAAGCAUGUUCGAUAGCAUCUCCAUCUCCUGGAUGUAGCACAAUCUCUAACAUUGUCAUGUAUUACUUUUAUAUUGCUUUAUAGCACAAAAAAAAAUAAGAUCUUUUUUUAAACAUUAAGCUAUAUAAAAAUUAUAUAAUAAUUGUUAAAUUAUAAAGUUUUGUUAAACAUGUCUUUCUCGCUUUGGUGCGCAGUUUAUCCUGCUGCAGUCAUCGUGCAGUAUCUCUCUUAAUUACAUAAUAAUCAAAUUGGUGCA